AUGGAGUCUGGGUCCAAGCGCUCCGCUUGGGAGUCGAAGUCAUCCAAGCCAGGCAUCCAAAUUCCUUUCCUCACCGAACUGGAGCUGGUGUCUGGUGAUGACAUUCAGUCCUUGCAAGUUUUCCCCAUGGAGCGAUUUCAUGACAGUUCACAAGGCAUCAGCUUGGCAAAUUUGGGCACCAUAAAAGACAACUCGGCUACCCGAACCAGCCAGACAUGUGCCUUGAUCUGUAAGGGCUACAACAAAAGAAAGCUGGAGUCUUUUGGGUUGGAAGGAUCCCGGCUCGAAGAAUGUGUGAUUACAAUUCAUGACCCAGUUCUUGGUCGCAAUGAGAGCCGAGCAGUGACGCUAGUCAACAUGGCUCUUGACGAUGGCAACUACAUCCGCAGAGCUCAGCAGGAGAUGACCGUUGAAAUUUCAUGCUCACCAAAAAUUGCCCUGUGGGCUGAAAUUCGGCAGUCAGAUUCGAAUGCUCAUGAUUGGCAAGCCCUCAGCAAAGAAUCAGAAUUUGAUGCGUUCAUUGCGGAAGUUCUGAAAUCCGAGUGUGAAGACGGAGACUUUGUGGCCCAUAGAUGCCAGAACAAAGGCAACUACUUGGUGAAAAGACUUCAGGUUCCAGUUUCUGAUCGGGAUCGUCUCUACAGCAAAUCUGGAAAAAAUUCGGUCACGUUCCGACAGGCGCGUGGACCUUUUGACCCUGAUGAGCCUGACCUCGAGAUCAUCAAGAUUGAGGAUAGUCCUCCCGAUACAAGGGCUGGUUUCGAAAAAUAUGUCCAUCUCAAGGGAUUUCUUGGUCUAUUCUGCGCCCAAAGUGUGUUUUAUCUUCGGAUUCAAGAUGUGCACCUGGGAGAGGCGCGACAGUUCAUCUACGGCAACAGUGGCAUUUUCAAUGCCCACACUAUGAGCAUGAAGCUCACCAAGAGAUUCAAGGUCCAGGGCUUCCCUUCUGGAGCUACUGUGGCCACAGUUGUGGAGACAUGUGCCUCGCUUAGCUGGCAUGUCGUUCCGCUCCGUAUCAUUCAUGUGGCUGAACUUGCUAUUGCUAUUGUAGGAAGCAGCUCCUCGCCAACUUCCUGCCGAAUUCCCACGAACCUGGGCUUUCUUCAAGUUGAAGAGAUUGGGAAGAGAGCCCCUAGGAAGCCAAGAGCCAAUAGCGAGUUCAGCUCAAGCUCAGGUUCCAGUGACCGUAAAGUGGAAGUCUCUACCCGGUCCUCCUUUUCCAAGCCGCCAGUGGCCAAUCCAUCUUCGGCCCAGUCUUCGCCGCCAGGAUCAUUUAUGUCACCUUUCGCAUCCAGUUUGGCUGGCAAAGUGCAAGCCCUGGAAGAUCGCAUGAACAGAGUGUGCAGUGAUGUGAAGGUGUUGCAAAAAACCCAGGCGGAGACCCGCGAAGACAUCAACCAGAUCAAACAAGUUCAGGAAGGAGGAUUCUCAUCUUUGAUGUGUGCUAUCAACGAGUUGAAAGACAUGCAGGAAAGAAUGAUGACAGCAGCCAGUAGUGCAAGUACCCCGAUCCACUCACCUCCGCCAAAGGUGGCAAAGUUCUGA